AUGGUGAAGCGCCGCAGAGUACCGACUAAAGGAGCUGAUGAGGCGCCCAAGGAGGAGGACCCGUUGCAGUGGUCGCGGGGUCAGCGCAAGCGAAGGGUUCGGAAGGAGGCACUCAUACGAAAGCAACAGUUCGCAGCUGAGCAGGUCCGAGCCAAGCAUAUGAAAGAGGCGGAGUUGAAGGAUAAGAAAAACGCCCUUGCGAAUUUACAGUCGUUGAGGGGGUCAUUGAAACUAGACUUACAAGAGGAGGGGUCGAAGAAAUCGCGGCCAAAGAAGAUACACAAGUUGGCUGCUAAACCGAAGACAAGAGCGGCUCAGCACAAACAGAAUCUUAGGGAGGUCCUGCAAUACAAGAGUGUGCUCUCUUUCGAACCAUUCCAACAGAACCCGUUGGCUGCUAUACAACAGCACCUUCGCAAUACACAGGGGCCAACAGCUUAG